UCUAAAUCCAAUAAUCUGACGGCCCUUCUUCAUCGCCGAAUACCGAACGCUCGUUACAGUUUCUUUUUUCGACUUAUUGGCGGCCGUCGGGUUUCAUCGUCGGCGGCUGAGUUGACUGUGUAAACAGCCCCCUGGCCUCUUGGAUCGCUGCGAAUUCGGUUUAAGUUGGAGGACUGUUUGCGGUGGGCGAGAUGGCUGGGAUUACGAUAGUUUUCGACUUCGAUCGGACGAUCAUUGAUGGCGAUAGCGAUAAUUUGGUGGUGACGCAAAUGGGCCUCACAGAUCUGUUCAAUGAGCUUUACUCUUCCUUGCCUUGGAACUCUCUCAUGGAUACCUUGAUGGUGGAGCUCCAAUCUCGAGGAAGAACUAUGAAGGAUAUUGCUGAAUGUCUGGAAGGGGCUGCGUUGCAUCCACGAAUUGUUGCUGCUAUUAAAUCAGCUCAUUCCGCCGGUUGUGACUUAAGGAUAAUAAGUGAUGCCAAUCAGUUUUUCAUCGAGACAAUCUUAGAACAUCAUGGUGUGUUGGGAUGCUUUUCAACUAUCAAUACAAAUCCUACCUUUGUAGAUGGGGAAGGAAGGCUUAGAAUCUUACCAUAUCAUAAUGAAUCAUCUCCUCAUGGCUGCAAUUUGUGCCCAUCAAAUAUGUGUAAGGGCCUGGUAAUCGAUCAAAUCCGAGCUUCUAAAAGCGAAAAAAACGAGUUUUUCAUAUACAUUGGAGACGGGAGGGGCGAUUUUUGUCCGACCCUAAGACUUGAAGAAGGAGACCAUGUGAUGCCUAGGAAGCUAUAUCCUCUCUCCGAUCGCAUCAACUCCAAUCAAACACUCGUGAAGGCUAAGAUCAAUGAAUGGAGUGACGGGAACGAGCUAGAGAAGAUCUUACUCCAGCUCGUAGAUGUAAGAUAAUUCAAUCAACAAGACAUUCCAAAUAAAUAAAUAAAUAAAUAAA